GUGAUUGUGACAGAUUGGCCAAAUGACACACAUACACAAACACACAUUGAUGGACACACGGGUAGGCACAAACAGAGGGGAGGCUGGUCCGCCCGGGGAAGGACCAGACAGAGACAGGCUCCAGCUAUAAAACCCUCCCAGGAUGGGGCCAGUGUCCUGCUCUGAGCUGGACAGUACCUCCUUCCUCUGUGCCAGGACGCCACCAGGACAGGCAGCAGACGAGCCUCCAACAUGAACGACAUCUACAAGGCAGCGGUUGAGCAGCUGACAGAAGAACAGAAAAAUGAGUUCAAGGCCGCCUUUGACAUCUUCGUACAAGAUGCAGAGGAUGGCUGCAUCAGCACCAAGGAGCUGGGGAAGGUGAUGCGGAUGUUAGGCCAGAACCCCACACCAGAGGAGCUGCAGGAGAUGAUUGAUGAGGUGGAUGAAGACGGGAGUGGGACGGUGGACUUUGACGAGUUCUUGGUCAUGAUGGUAAGGUGCAUGAAGGACGACAGCAAAGGGAAGUCAGAGGAAGAACUGGCAGAGCUGUUUCGCAUGUUUGACAAGAACGCAGAUGGUUACAUUGACCUGGACGAGCUGAAAAUGAUGCUGGAAUCUACAGGAGAGGCAAUUACUGAGGACGACAUUGAGGAGCUGAUGAAAGACGGGGACAAGAACAACGACGGCAAAAUUGACUACGAUGAGUUUUUGGAGUUCAUGAAAGGAGUGGAGUAAUCCUGAGCAAGAGAAGAUCCAGAGUGUUAUUUUUGUAUUUCUCUGUGACUCCAUGGUCAUCUGUGGAAAACUGGAAGCUCAAUUGGAUGCCGCUGAUAGAAACAAUGGAACGACUUUGCAAGAUUCAGUCAAAUACUGUAGGUGAAUGUUUCUGUAGUUUUCUACCAUCUCUUGCAUCGUUGUAAAUACAGUUUGUAACUACUUUUGGUGCCCAUGUAUACAGAAUUUGUGUAAAUGUAUCCAAAUUACUUGUAUUUUCUAUAGAGGCCACAUAGUGUACCAGUUUGGCUGCUCGAAAUAUCAACUUUGUGUUUGUUUCUGACUAAAUCUUAACAUUAAAGUGCCACAGCCAGUUUACAAAUCGUCUUACUGAGAGGCUGAUGUUGUUUAGCUGGGCAGAAAAUGUAUGUGUGCACAAAGCAGAACAUAUCCAUGACUCAACAUAGUUUUACACCAGGCUCUGGUAGACUUAUACUUUUAGAGCAAUGUACUGGAUCCAGUUUGUAUACUGUACGUGUUCUGAUGUACACAUUGUGUACAUUACUGUAUGUUUUAGAUACCCUUAGGACUUCUUAUCCCCCUCUCAUGCUCCUGGAACUCCUGCAUAUUUCUACACGAAAAGUCAGUUUGGAAUGUGCGACCAUGUAAUAAACAAGAUGCAUUUGUCAGAGCAGUCA